CAUUGAUCAUCUCCUCUAUUCUCCCUAGUAAUUUCAGAGCGAUUUGAAAACAGAGCUCUUCUCAACUAGAAUCAAGAAUUAAUAUAAUUUCAUUUCUCGUUGAUCACCAACUCCAUCUUGGUCAAACAUGGCUAUUAGGAUGGGACGGAAUUUGCCUCAAUCCAAUCAUGUCCCUUCUGUUCAUUACUUCUACUGUUGUGGUUGCAGAACUCACGUUGCAAUCAUCUAUUACAUUCCGACUCUACGGACUAUUUCUAGUAUGUAUCUAUGCAGGUUUAGGGUUGUAGUAGCAGAGGACGAGCCACAACAUGGAGUAGUACAUGGCAUGAACUUGACGGUAGCCGUGACUUACUGUGUCCAAUGUGGAAACCUGCUCAUGUGGAAAAUUCUUGCCGUCUCCCAACCGUCUAGUGUUUAUAGAGUAGGAGGAUCCGUCAUGAGAUUGGACGCGCUUAUUAGCUGUAACAGUGUAACGUUGUUUGAUUUUCUCUAUGGAGGCAAUAAUGAACAGGCUCCUAAUGAUCAAGAUGGAGGUGCAGAUGAAGAACAAGACGGAGACAUUAAUGAACAAGAUUUAGGCGCUAAUGAGCAAAAAGUUAAUCAAGAUGGAGACACUUAUGAACAAGAUUUAGGCACUAAUGAGCAAAAUGUCAAUCAAGAUGGAAACACUAAUGAACAAGAUUUAAGCGCUAAUGAGCAAAAUGUUGAUAUGGGUGGAAAUGGAGGCGUUAAUGAACAAGUUCCUAAUGAAGAUGUAGAUAUCAUUGAGGGACUGGGCAAUAUUGAUCUAAAUGCAAACAUUUGAAUCUCAACUAUGGAUGAAAAUGAAGACAUCCAUAGGGCACUCAUGAUGCAGAACCAGCUUAUUAUACGAGUGUUAAUUCAUAACUGUGUGUAUUCCGCUUUCUUUUUUUGGUUUUUGGAUUACAGUACAUAUGAUUUGACAUGUUUG